AUGUGUACACAUGAUGAAGAAAAUUAUAAAAUUGUCCGUUAUGAAGGUCAAACAAUAAAGCAGGAGAUAGAGAAGGACGACCAAGGUAAUCCACUAUAUGAAGCAGGGGAAAAGAUGCUCUUUGUGACAGAAAACAACAACGGGGAUAUCUGUGCCUCUGACGUCAAUGGUAAGAUAGUCGUUGUGGUGAAUAAGGCAGGAAAACUCAGAUACCGAUAUAAAGGACAGCAGACGAUGAGGGUGCAGUUUGAACCUUCGACUAUCGUCACAGACUCCGCGGGCUGUAUAAUAAUUGAGGAUGUUGGUAAUUUCUGUACUCACAUCAUUGAUCAGGAUGGUCAGUUUCUCCGUAGUCUGGAUUUCUGUGGACUAAUGAGUGUGGACACGCUGGGACGACUGUGGAUGGGGGAGUAUGAGAAUGGUAUUGUGAAGAUCAUCAAAUAUUCAAAAUAA